GCGAAAGGAAAAUUAAUUUUCGAGUGCACAGGAAAUUUUUCGAUUCAUUCUUGGAAAAACUUAAGACGCGCCGAGUUUGCUGAGGCAAACGUACAGUGUGAGGAGUUGAAGAGAGUUGAUAUUUUGGAAUUGGGGAUUCAGGCGAAGCGUAAGCAAUACAAAUCCAAAUCCAAAUCCGAAUCCACCUACAGCUACAGCUACUUAAUAAAUAAUAUAGAAAUUCUUGCUGAAAUCUAUGUAACUGUGUUCACAAUUAAUUGCAACAACAAGUGCAAAUUUUUACGAGCUGCUUUUAAACAACCAAAUUAUAUUAAAUAUAAUAAAACGAAAUAUUGCAAGUGAAAGGUUAUUCAAUUAGAGCCCAAGACAAGAUGGCCAAGCCAUCAGCAACACGGAGUGACAGCAGCAACAACUGCAAGAAUCAACGCAGUGGCAACGGCAGCAACACAAAUCCGGCUGCCUUCAACAACAAUAAUAACAAUAGCAAUAAUAAUAUGAAUAAUAGUAGCAGUAAAUUGAACGGCAACAUUUGCCAACCAACUCUACCCGCUCCGGCCAACACGCCGCUGAACAAGGCCAUCAAGCACGACCUCUUCCCGGAGGUGACAUUCUGCAAUCUGUCCGUGGAGGAGCUCAACGAUGGCGCCGGCCACAGUCGCACGACGGUGCGCAACAGCAUCAUUGCUCUGGAUGGCGAUGGCACCUUGACCAGCCUGAUGACCGGUAAUCAGGUGAAGAAGCGCAAGCGUUUGAUAUCGAAUGAAUCGGGUGAUUCCAUUGACUCGAGCAGCACGGAGAAGAAGACGCCCAAGAUGCCGGAUGGCGGCUAUGGUUGGGUCGUUGUCUUUGCCUCGCUGAUGAUAUCGCUCAUCUGGGAUGGUCUGUCCUUCUCCUUUGGCCUCAUCCACACGGAGCUGUUGGCCUACUUUGGUGAGUCGCCAACGAAGACGGCUUGGAUUAGUUCGUUGUUCUUCUCGGUGCCGCUGCUCAUGGGCCCCAUCUGGUCGAAUCUGGUGGAUAAAUACGGCUGCCGCAAGAUGACCAUACUGGGCGGGAUUGUUUCCGCCUUUGGCUUUGCCAUCUCCUCCGUUUGCAAUUCCAUUGAAAUGCUGAUGAUCACCUUUGGCAUCAUCAGUGGCCUGGGACUGGGCAUUGGCUAUGUGACGGCCGUGGUGUCGAUUGCCUUUUGGUUCGAUAAGAAGCGCAGCUUUGCCACAGGCAUCGGCGCCUCGGGCACGGGCAUUGGCACCUUCAUCUAUGCCCGCCUCACACAGUAUUUGGUGGACUCGUAUGGCUGGCGAGGCGCCACACUUAUUUUGGGCGGCACCAUGCUGAAUGCGUGUGUGUGCGGCGCUCUGAUGCGCGAUCCGGAUUGGCUGAUCGAGGAGAACCGGCUGGAGAGCCGUUCGCAGAGUGUGACCACAUUUUCGAAUUCGAGCGUUUGUCUGGAGGAGAUCAGGAAGCUGCUGGACACGGGCAUCACCAAGGAGGCCGUGCUGGAUACGCUGGUGACCAAGAACAACACGGAGGCCAAUCAGCAGAUCGACGAUCCGCUCGACUCGAGCCUCAAGCGCUAUCGCAGCGAACUCUUCUUGCCCACAUUUCUCAGCAUCCAGGAGCUGGAUAGCAUUUGCGAGGUGAAGAGCUUGAGUCGUCGUUCGUUGCGGCACAAGGAGGGCGCCGAGGCGCCAUCACGGGAGAAUCUUCUAUCCCUGUCGUCGGGCGCUGCAGCCUAUGGACCCACGGCGACUAUUCUCGGCUCACCGGAUGAUACGCUCAUGGGCGGCAUACCGGCUGAGGUCGCGGAGGCGGCCAAGAAGAGCUAUUUGGCGUCGAUUGAAACACUGUCGCCGUCGGAGAAACGCUCCACGGUGGCGGGCACACCCAUUGGCUCGCUGCGCUCCUCGGACGAGGGCUAUCUCACCCAGAAGCACAACGAUGCGCAUUAUGCCAGCUCGCGGUAUUCCUUGAAUGAAAAUCUCUUCAUGGGCAAACACAAUUCGGCAUCGCUGUCCAAUCUGAGGGUCAAUGAGCAGCGCCACAACUCGGUGGACAUACUGAGCGAUGAUAUGCACGCCUAUUACAUGUCCAUCAAGGAGGAGACCUUUGCGCUGCUCGAUCAACAGGCACCCAGGCACCGACCAUAUGCAGCUAGUGCUGGAGCUGGUUCUGGUGCUGGUGCUGGGGCCGGUGCCUCUACAGUGAUUGCCAUACCCGAACACGAACAGGAUAACAGCGAGCUGGCCUUGCGCCGUUCCCGUCUGGACAGUAUUACGGGCAUUCGCCGUCUGUCGCGCUCCAAGAAGCCCAAUCCGCAUCGCUCGAAUCUGCGUCGCAACAUCUCCAUCAGGAACUCCAACUUCCUGAAGGAUAUGCGCAUACAUCGCAACUCCAUACAUUAUCGCGGCGCCAUGCUCAAUACGCAUCGAUAUCGUCUGCGCGCCUCCUCCUGCCCCAACAUCUAUCGCAACUCAAUGACCACCAUUGCCAAGGAGGAAGAAGACACCUGGUAUGAGAGUUUUGUGGACACCAUGAAAUCGGUGUUUGAUUUCUCGCUCUUCUUGGAUAAAAAGUUUGCGCUCUUCAAUCUAUCGACAUUGUUUUUGUUCAUUUGGUUUAUCAUACCCUAUCUUUAUCUGCCCGAUUACAUGAAGACUUACAACUACGAGGUGAGCGUUAGCGCUGUGCUCAUAUCGGCAAUUGGCAUUGCGCAAACAGUGGGUAUGAUCGGCCUUGGCUACCUGGGCGAUCUGCCCUGGAUGAACAUCAAUAUUUGCUAUUCCAUAUGCAUGCUGAUUUGUGGUGCUUCGGUAUUUUUUAUGCCCAUGCUAAUAACCAGCUACAAUGGACUGAUGACCAUGUGUGUAAUAUUUGGAUUCACUUUUGCCAGUUCGUUUUCGUUUACGCCCAGCAUCUUGGUCAGUCUGGUUGAUUUGGAUGAUUUCACUUGUGCCUACGGUUUGGUGCUGCUGAUCCAGGGCGUUGGCAUGAUAGCCGGUCCGCCCAUAGCAGGUGCCAUUUUUGAAUAUACGGGCAGAUGGGACGACUCCUUCUACUAUGCGGGCAUAUUUAUAGCACUCUCCGGCGUCUGUUCGUAUAUGAUUGAGUUCUGUGAGGACAAAGCAACUAAGGAGAGUGAUAGUGAUGUCUCAGAGACUAAAAAAGCUCAACUUUUACAUUAGAUUACUUAUAUGAACACUCACACACAUACAGUAGAAGAAAAUGAAAACAAAAUAUAUACAUAUAUAAUUCAAGGUACUAAAAUUGACAAACUUCAGUGCAAUUAAGCAGCACUGCGGCCUCAAAAAAACACAAAAACAAAAGAGAAAACAAAAGUUAAUGGACUAGCAUUAAAUGUUAUCAAGUUUCUUAUGUCAAAUGCUGUUGCAGCUAAAAAACAAAACAACAUAAAACUCAAAGCGAAUUAGUAGAUAAUUAAUGAAUUGUAUGUAAGCAGAAAAGCAAACAAAAACAAUUUGACUUGAAAACUAAUUAUUAAAACAACUAUAUUAGUUAACUAAAGCACUAGGACAACUACAUUGUACGUAUACUCCAAUACCACACAUUAACAACAACAACAACAACAAGAAAAACAUUAUAUACUAAUAAAAAGAUCAAACUAUACACAUUAUAUGAUUAUAAUAAUAAUAUAUAUUCAAUAUAUCAAUUGCAGUGCAUCACUGCCAUGCGCAAAACGGGUUCCCCACAUUGUCUUCUUUAUUAACGCGAAUAAUAGUUA